GCCGCCUCUGAGCCGCCGCGUCUCUUUCAGAGGCCGUACGUCUGCCUGUACGAGGGCUGCGGCAAGAGCUUCACCAGGGACUUCCACCGCGCCCGGCACUUCCUCACGCACUCCGGGGAGAGGCCCUUCGAGUGCACAGCUGAGGGAUGCAAUCAGAAGUUUGGAACAAAAUCAAACUUAAAGAAACAUGUUCAACGCAAGCAUGAAAAUCAGCAGAAACUCUAUUCGUGCAACUUUGAAGGUUGUGGCAAGUCCUUCAGAAAACAUCAGCAACUGAAAGUUCACCUGUGUCAGCACACCAAUGAACCGCCCUUCAAAUGUAAUCACGAAGGAUGUGGGAAGAAUUUUUCUACUCCAAAUAGUCUAAAGCGGCACAAGAAGAUACAUGAAGGCUAUCCGUGCAAGAAAGAAAACUGCUCAUAUAUUGGAAAAACUUGGACUGAGCUUCUGAAACAUAAUAAAGAAAGCCAUGCAGAGCCAAUUGUUUGUACAGAGUGUUCUAAAACUUUUAAACGCAAAGAUUACCUCAAGCAGCAUAAAAAAACACAUGCUGCGGAGAGGGAAGUCUGCCGCUGCCCAAGAGAAGGAUGUGACAGAACUUACACAACUCUGUUUAACCUUCAAAGCCAUAUCCUCUCUUUUCACGAGGAGCUGAAACCGUUCUCUUGUGAUCAUCCUGGCUGUGGAAAAGUAUUUGCAAUGAAGCAGAGCCUAGCAAGGCAUGCAGUUCACCACGAUCCUGAAAAGAAAAAGCUAAAAGCAAAGCGUUCUCGCCCUAAGAGGAGCUUAGCCUCUCGUCUGAGUGGGUACAUUCCCCCUAAAACACAGCCAGGAAAAGAUGCUGUGACAGAAUGCAAGACAACAGAUCCGCCCAUGGAAAACGGAAUACCAACUGUUGAAAUUCUGACUCUGCAGUAAAAGUUAACUGCAGAUUUUCUUCAUCGAAUGACCAGUGCAAAGCCCAGCAAAAAACCUUUAUUUUACAGUCCUUUUUGUAAUAGGAUUCUUUGUACCUCCUCAUAAAGUCAUUAAUGCAA